AUGAAUGAGCUUCUCGAACAAUAUUAUAAGGGAGACACAGAGCCUAAAAUUAUAUGGAUAGGACACGAGAAUGGUGUUAAGCUCAAUACAAGGUAUGAAAUCAGUGCCACAGAUUUGGCACAGAAACUGUUCGACAACUGGGACGAACUUUUUAAGAAAUGGGAUAACGAUAAAAAUUGGAAAGGCUACGGCAAGUUCGACAGAAAAGUCUGUAAGGUGCGGUUUGACUUAUAA